GCAAAAAGGAGGGCGUCAGUGAGAUAGCGCAAGCACGAAAUAAAUUACGAAAUAUUUUUGUUUGUGAAAAACGUUAAUUAAUAAUAGGUAGGAACAAAAUAAAUGUGUAGACAAUAAAUUUGACAAUUUAAGUAUUCGAAUACUGGCUUAAUAUAUUCAUCAUCGAAUCGAGAUGGUGCGAAGUAGCGACAAGGAUAGACAUCAUCGACGAAGAUCCAGGUCGAGGUCGAGGUCUAGAUCGGCUGAGCCUGAGAAAAAACGACGACGAUCCAGAAGCAGGGACCGGGAGAGAGACAGGGACAAGGGACGUCACCGAGAGCGGAGGAGUCGUUCGCGAGACAGAGAUAGAGAGAGGAGUGACAGAAGGGAACGUUCCGAAAGGGAUAGGGAUCGCGAGAGAAAACGUGGAGACAGUAAAGAAAAGCGUCUUACAGGCUCAAAGUCUUCGCGCUCUGGCAAAGAGCGAUCAAACAGGUCUCGGUCACGUGAUAGAAAGGAUAAAGAGAAGGGUGACAGCGAGGAAUUGCCUUUUGACCAUACAAAAUUAGAUAAGGAAGAGGAACAAAAAAGACUAGAGUUGGAAAUGCAAAAGAGAAGGGAAAGGAUAGAGAGAUGGCGUGCAGAAAGGAAAAAGAAAGAGCUGGAAGCAACCAAAAAAGACGGUAAGACAUCUAUUUUGGCAAAUCUUCAGCUACCCAUGAAAAAAUGGUCUCUUGAGGAUGAUAGUGAUGAAGAGACUCCUGUGGUACAGAAUAACACCAAGGAGGCAAAAGAAGAAGGUGUAAAGGAAGAAGUUGAAGAAGUGAAGGAAGAAAUAAAAGAUGAAGAGGAGGAGAUUGAUCCACUUGAUGCUUUCAUGGCAGAGGUUCAAGAAGAAGUGAGAAAAGUAAAUAAAUUUGAUAGUAAAGCUCCAAAAAAUGCCAACAAUGGCACGAAUUCUGGUGCUCAAAGUGUAGUUAUUGUAACGGGUGUGGCUAAAAAAAAAGUUCAGAAGCAAAAGGGAGAAUUGAUUGAGCAAAAUCAAGAUGGAUUAGAAUAUUCCAGUGAAGAAGAAGGCGAGAAUCUUCAUGAGACUGCAGCUGGUAUAGCAAACAAGCAGAAGCGAGAAUUAGCUAAAGUUGAUCAUGCUACAACAGAUUAUCAGCCAUUUCGAAAAUCUUUUUACGUCGAAGUUCCUGAAAUUGCAAGAAUGACACUAGAAGAAGUAGAGGCGUACAAAGAAGAAUUAGAAGGUAUUCGUGUAAAAGGUAAAGGUUGUCCAAAACCUAUCAAGUCUUGGGCGCAAUGUGGCGUGACUAAGAAAGAAUUAGAAGUGUUGAAAAAACUUGGUUACGAAAAACCAACACCCAUUCAAUGCCAAGCAAUUCCAGCAAUUAUGUCUGGUCGCGAUCUUAUAGGUAUAGCAAAAACUGGCAGUGGAAAAACGCUAGCCUUAUUACCAAUGUUUCGUCAUAUACUCGAUCAACCACCAUUGGCUGAUGGAGACGGACCGAUUGCAUUGAUUAUGACACCAACUAGGGAAUUAUGCAUGCAAAUCGGUAGAGAUUCGAAAAAAUUUACCAAAUCCUUGGGUCUUUCACAUGUGUGCGUUUAUGGCGGUACUGGCAUUUCCGAGCAAAUAGCGGAACUUAAAAGAGGAGCCGAGAUUAUUGUAUGCACCCCAGGAAGAAUGAUUGACAUGCUCGCUGCUAAUAACGGGCGUGUGACCAAUUUACGUCGCGUGACAUAUGUAGUGCUCGACGAAGCCGAUAGAAUGUUCGAUAUGGGUUUCGAACCACAAGUGAUGCGGAUUAUGGAAAAUGUGAGACCGGACAGAGAAACUGUGUUAUUUAGCGCGACAUUCCCGCGACAGAUGGAGGCGUUGGCCAGGAGAAUUCUUACGAGACCUGUUGAGGUGCAGGUUGGUGGACGUUCCGUCGUUUGUAAAGACGUCGAGCAGCACGUGGUUGUACUCGAGGAAGACCAAAAGUUUUAUAAAUUACUUGAGAUUCUUGGACAUUAUCAAGAUAAAGGUUCCACUAUUAUAUUCGUGGACAAACAAGAAAAUGCAGACACAUUGCUGAAAGAUCUUAUGAAAGCUUCAUAUUCCUGUAUGUCUCUUCAUGGCGGUAUAGAUCAAUGCGACAGAGAUUCGACUAUAUUGGACUUCAAAGCUGGACGGACAAAAUUGCUCGUGGCCACUUCCGUCGCCGCUCGAGGCUUGGAUGUCAAGCAUUUGGUAUUAGUCGUUAAUUAUGAUUGCCCUAAUCACUAUGAAGAUUACGUGCAUAGAUGUGGUAGAACUGGUCGAGCUGGAAAUAAAGGGUACGCGUAUACUUUUAUUACAUCUGAGCAGGAACGUUAUGCCGGUGAUAUUCUACGAGCGCAUGAAUUAGCAGGUGUACCAGUUCCAGAACCCUUGCGUCAGUUAUGGGAGGGUUACAAGGCUCGUCAAGCCGCGGAUGGAAAGAAGGUCCACACCGGAGGUGGUUUCAGUGGCAAAGGAUUUAAAUUCGAUGAAUCAGAAGCUGCUUUAGCAAACGAGAAAAAGAAAUUCCAAAAAGCAGCCCUGGGACUACAAGAUUCCGACGAUGAGGACAUAGAAAAUGAUAUCGAUCAACAGAUCGAGAGUAUGCUGGCACCUAAACGAACAGUUCGCGAAAUAGCCAGACCAACCGCAACUAACAUCACGGUACCCGGUCAACCGGUGCCUAGCGCCACCGAUAAACUAGAAUUAGCUAGGAGAUUGGCAUCGAAGAUAAAUAUUGCUAAGAAUCUGGGCGCUGAAGCGAAGGGUGCCACUCAACAAGCGGCGGAAGCCAUACUCAAAGGGGCAGGACCUACGAAUCUUAUUACAGCAAAGACAGUCGCUGAACAGCUAGCAGCAAAACUGAACACUAAAUUAAAUUAUCAACCGCGUGAAGAGGAUCUGGUGGAAAGUGAUGCGGAAACGGGUGAGCAAACGUUCCGCAAAUAUGAAGAGGAGCUCGAAAUCAAUGAUUUCCCACAGCAAGCGAGAUGGCGAGUCACGAGCAAGGAGGCUCUAGCUCAGAUUUCGGAAUAUUCCGAAGCGGGUCUUACAGUGAGAGGGACGUAUAUCGCGCCUGGAAAAACUCCACCGGAAGGCGAAAGGAAGCUAUACCUGGCGAUCGAAUCUACGAGCGAGUUAGCAGUCAGCAAAGCCAAGGCGGAAGUGUCUCGGCUUAUCAAAGAAGAACUCAUCAAGCUGCAGGCAUCUGGUGCUCACACUGCAUCACGUGGUCGAUACAAAGUCUUAUAAAAUUUCGAACUCUGGUGAAAUAUAUAUACAUAUAUAAAUAUAAUAUUAAUUAAUAUUAUGUUACA